AUGAGGUCAGAAUCAGCAGUAUCUGUGAAUACCGAGAGGCAGAACCGAGACUGGCAGCAAUAUGAGAAUGGCAUCUCCUUCGAUAAGCACUUCAGCCUCGAAGAUGCCAAUCCAACGUGUUGGCAAUACUUUGGUAGCAGUUCUGCUUACUCAUUAGCCGUCGAAGUCGUGGUCGCCGCUCAAGCUCGAUUCGGCAAGAUGACACAUCCGGAAAACUACGCUGGUCCCGACUUCAAGCUCAAUAUGGUGGUAUACGAGUCUCUUCAGCCAAAGGAGCGGACAUGCCCCUCACGAGACGAGGUAGAAACACUAGUAGCCCUAUACAUGAACUCAGCAAAUGUCAUCAAUGGAUACACUGACAACGCUCAAGUCUCUCAGGAGAUUAACACCUACCUCCACCACCAAAGUGGUGCUAUCAGAUACUUACAAGGUGUCGAAGCUCAUGAGUUCUUCCGGAUAGCGAUGAUUUGCGCCAUCGCGUCAGCCAGCAGAUCCCGUCAUGAUUCCCGUUUUGGCAGCGAAGCCUUCUCCUACUAUCUUGAAGCCAUUCAGUGUGCGGAAGAGGUCACAUCCGAUGUGUCCCUAGAUUCAUUACAGGCACUUCUACUCCUAGUACUCUUUACAUUCUUCUAUCCUCGACGCGGCGAUGUCUGGAAGCUUCUCGAUUAUGCCUGUCGUCUUUCUGUCGAGCUCGACAUUCACUGCGAGACCAACGACGAGUACGAGGAAGAGAAGUUUUCACAGCGCCGAAGAAGUAUAUUUUGGGGCCUGUAUAGCCUCGAGCGUACCUUUGGUCAGCAUAUGGGUCGGCCAUCGGAUCUACCAGAGGAAAUUAUCACGGCUGAAUAUCCGACUGCAUUCACGACAUCGGCGGCAGACAACGUCCUCAUUCAACGGGCCCUGAUAAGCCAUUACUAUCGCCUCAUCUACCUUCGCAGCGAGAUAUUUAGGAUCCUCUACAUGCCUGCCAUAGCACCUGAGCUCCCUCGCUCUUGGUACGAAGAUCGUCUAGAAGACUUUCAUGCAUGGAGAGGCGAGAUCGCUCCGAUAAUUGAUGCACCAAACCACGUUCCUGGCAUGGGCACAAUACAGUGCGAAAUGGCAUUCAAUACCUCAAUGAACUUCCUUUUUCAGCCGCUUCUGUUGCGAGCCUUAGCAGCAAUCAAAGGGCCGGAUACACCGAUUCAGCAACAGUUGUUCGGAGACAUGCAGUUGGUGAUACCUCGAGAGUCGUACGAUGCAGCAGUUCGUUCGAUUAUGUUCUACGACCGGAUCUUCCAUGCUCCUGAAGGGACACAAGAUGGUGACUAUCCUGUCACCAUCAUUAGCGCACAUUAUAUUCAUCAGGCUGUUCUGACUUUAAUGGCCCACGUCCUUCUUGCGAUCGAUGGCCGUCUCCCUUUGGUCACUUUUUCUCGCGACCUGGAAGCAUCAGGUUUACAAGUUACGCGUACUCUUGACACGAAUGGCCGUAUGCACGUCGAUGUACAACCUAUCGACUUCAGCAAUAUUCAUGAGAUCAGUGAGGCAUGUCUCGGCUUGUUGAGGAUACUAGCGGACCGUUGGCUCGGCAUGGUGGGAAUAUUGGAUUUGUACAGAGAGAUGCAUGAAAAGGUACUACCAGCCUUGACUACGAGGUAA